UUUCCGAGCAGCAGCAACGCAGAACGCAGUGGCAGCCGCGAAUUCCGAGAAACACAGAGCCAGCUUGGGCCAAUAUAUCGGCCGUUUCGCGCAUUCGACCGCUGCACAUCCAACCGAUCGGAUAUACAUAUAUAAGUGCUUACUUAAGCGUUGAUGUGAGAGGAUUGUCGUCGAUAGGAUAACUGAAUAUACUGGAACGAGAUUAGGAUGAGCCAGGAAAGUGAAAGCGACAUCAGCGAGAUGGAAGGCCUCGUGCCGAAGAGACGCAGGGAGUUCUCUUCUGAAGAUGAAAGUCUGAAUUUAUCAAAGUACAGAAAGUUGACGACCGAACAAAAACUCAAUGAUUUAAAAACAGAAGUCACAGCUGCUGACACUUCUUAUGAAUCAGAAGAAGAGGAUGACGAGUCUUAUGUUGAUAGAGAAAAGAAAAGCUUGAGCGAUGAAAUUGUGCCCGAUUCCAACAAGCAUCAAGAAAAUUCUCAUUCUUCUAAUGAAAAUAUCACAGAAACAAACACACCUUCCACCAUGGAACAAGAAUAUCAGGAUAGUAUGGAAACAAUAUCUGAAUCGGAUGUUGACUCGUUGGAAGUUUCAGCAACAGAAGAAUUAAACUUACUUGAGAAAUUAAGAAAGCCAUUUGAAAAAGUGCAAAGACUGGCUUUUAUUUCAGCUACUUACCGAAUAAGUGGUCGUAAGAUGAAUACUUCACAAUUUUCCUGCAAUGCUGAUGUAACAGUAAAUGGAGCUCUAGCUCAUAACGAAGUUAUCAAUAAGACUAUCAAAAGAAAAAACUGUGCCUUAUACGAAGAUGAUACAACUGAUGAAAAAGUAGAAGCAAAUAGAAGUUUGAAUAGCUGUGAAGAAACUACUGGUUCAGAUAAUAUUGAACUUGAGAAAGUAGCUAAAUCAGAAUGUGUGAACAGCCAAGAUCUUGCAGACACGCAAAUUAUGGAUAAUAUUUUAGAACCUGACAAUAUUAAGACAGAAAUAGCUUCACAGGUCACAGUACCUGCAUAUGUUGACUUUCAAAAUGUUGAAAAAUUUUCAGAGAAUAUUGAUUCUGAAAGCCGAAAGUCAGUGUCAGAAAAUAUUAACUCUGAGAAUUCAAAAGCUAUUUCAGAAGAUGUUGAUUCUGCAUAUGAAAAUGCAGCAUCAGAAAACGUUGACUAUGAAAAUGAAAAAAAUUUGGCACAAGAUGUUGAAAAAGAACCAGCAGUGAUAGAGAAUGUAGAUACCACAAACGGAGAAUCCGUGACAAUGACUUCUCACUCUGAAAACAUGCCAGUAUUAUUAAUAAAUUCUAACUUUAACAACGGUGCACAAACAGAAAGUAUGGAUGUAGAAACUAGUGGCACUGGAAACACAGAAAUGAAAAUGAACUUUCAAACUACUGAGCCAAUUAAUCAAACAACAGAAGCUCCUAAAUCGAAUGUAAACGAAUGUUUUGCUUCAGAAAACACAAAUCAUCCUCGAAUUAAUGAAACUGAGCAAGAAGCAGCUAUUCUAAACCUACUAUCACAUGCUAAUUUUGACAUAACAGAUGGUAAUCAAGUUGUUUCUGAAGUUAUAAUUCCAGAAAACGCAGAAGAAAUCUAUACUGAGCCAAACAAUUCAUCUAACGCACCUACUUAUGAACAUUCAUACCAAGAUCCUAGUACAUCUGGUGUUGUGGAGGAAGUUUUUACUGAUGCAAGUCGAGCAAAUUCAGUUUUAGAUUUAGCUCAAUUAGUUCUGAGUAUAAAACAAGAUAUACAAGAACUGACAAAAAAAGUUGACAAACAAGGAAACGUUCUUGAAGCCGUGGUCAAUGCAAAUGAGAUUAAUUUAACUCCCUUAUUUGCUCAAACUUUUCAAGAAAAGUACAAUUUACAAUUACCGUUCACCAAAAUUGAAGAUUUUGAUAAAUUCAAUCAAGAUCUUGCGAAGAAUACAAGGUUUUGCAACGAAUUUAUAACAAGUUUGUGUUCUUACAUUGACAAUAAUGUAACACUAGCAAAGAACAUUUUGAAUAUGUUGAGGAAAUAUAUGUCGAAAGAAUUAGCUACUUUAUACACAGCUUGUAAAGCAACUGGUAACAAAAUGGUUUUAAAGGAUACUUUAUUUUGCAAAUGUUUACUACAAGCGACCAAACUUACAAUUAGAAAUGGAUUAUUACCUCUAGAACAUGAAAAAGCCUUCCUGAAGAAUUUAGGAUUGGUAGUAAGUGGAGCUAAAAAUUGGGUUACUCACGAAGAUGAAAGAAGAAAGAGCAGCUAAUUUAAGCAGUUAAUUUAAUUGAAUCAUCUUAAGAUAUAUAUUUUUAUUAUUUAUUUUACCAUAAGUACUCGUGACUCGUACAUAACGGCAUUCUUUAUUUAUUUCUUCUCUUCAAUUUGAUCAAAUAUUUUUAUAUCAGUAUUUUUUUGUCGGGAAUCCGUAAUUUUUGCCCGUUAAAAAUGCAUGUGCGUACUUGAAAAUUAUUUUUAAAAAGCGUUAUUUACUCAAAUCAUAUAACUAAUGAGAACCGUUUUUCAAAAAUUUCUUGUAAAAUAUUUUGCAAUUGCAAAAUAUGCGUCAUCUGUAAAUAUACGUUAUACAGUAAAGUUAUGUUGUAUCAGUGGUAAGGUAUACUUUUUAUUAGAAUAAAGGGUGAAAAAUUUCUUAAUAAGAAAUAAAUCUUUUUACAAUAAAAAAAAAAACAGA